UGAGCUAGUAGUAUGUGCACGCAGCCAAUGUUACCCCUGUAGUAGCGUCCCGUUAUCUUCGUCCUAUCGAAGGAUCCAGUGUUGUCUUUCGAGUAUUUAUUAUUUAUUCGGAUACAACUUCAGACUUACUGCACAACUGCCAAUAUUUUACGUUUCACAAUAUAAUCUUUUUCUCUCUUGAAAUAUCCAGAAGUACGCAGAGUGUGACAAGCGUAAAUUGGUUGGCACUGACUUUCUUUCUUAGAAGAUUUGAUGUAAGAAAUCACAGCAAGUUAUGUUCCGUAUUCCAAAAACAACAAUGCCCGUGACUAUUGUAGCCACAAAGAAGUCAAAACAAACACAAACAUGUUUAUAUUCAUCUUAUGAAUGCACACAAGUUUGCCUUGAGGGAUAUAGUUAUUGUGCUAAACAUAUUCUUGAGGAUUCAAAUGCUCCAUUUAAACAAUGUGGUUUUGUAUAUAAUACUAAUGGAAGAAAAUGUCUAAAUCCUGCACCAAAAUUGGACAGAAGAGAUAUUUCAUAUUGCAAUGAACAUGCUAGGAAAGCUCAAAUAGCACGUAUAAAAUCAACAGCAAGACAUUCUUUACCACAAACACCUGAAAUGCUCUUGCUUAAUUUAAGUCAUUAUGUGAAGAAAGCAGAUUCAAGUACUGAAGAUACUGAAGAGGAAGAAGGAAAAAUGAAACAAUUAGAUCCUUUCACUGAAGUUGAUGCAUAUAAAGUAAAUGCAAGUGGAUGUGAUAUUUUGGAUUAUGCAAGUUCUUCUGAUAGUGAUGUUGAACCUACUAUGGUGAAUGAUACAUUAAGAGGAAGUUACCUUGAUGACAGUGAUAAUGAAAGUUUAUAUAGUGCACAAGAAGAUCCUUUAAAGCAUGCUGGAAUUUUUACUGCUGAGGAGGUGAUCUACAUUGCAAGAGAAAAAUUAAUUAGGCUACAAUCACUUUACAUAGAUCAGUUUAGAAGACUACAAUAUAUUUUAAGAGAGAAAAGACGAAAGUAUUUACAUGCACUUAAAAAGGAAAAGGAAACAUUAUGUAGUAUACAUGACCAACCAAAAGAAACUGCAAAAGAAAAGAAGAUUUAUGAAAAAUUAAAAGCUUUAAAUCGUUAUCAUAGACGAAGCGGAGUUGAAGCAAUACUAUAUAGAAAAUCCUUAGAACGUAGAGCACAGGCAACUGAAGGACCAACACAGAAAAUACCAAGUAUAUCAAAAUGUAUCUUUACAGAAGGUGGAGUAAAAUGUGGAGAGAGAACUCUUCCUGCUGCAAAACAUUGUCGCAAACAUAUUUUAAAAGAUCAACAUCAAGUUUUGUUUAAAGCAUGUGGAGCAAUUCGAGCAGAUAUAGAGUGUCAUGAGCCAGUACCUGUAAUAUUUGAUACAAAUUGUGUGUUCCAUAUGAAUUUACCAUCUGAAUGUAAAUUAGAAUCUAUGAAGUUUAAAGAAUCAAAACCUGAAACGCAGGAAAUAUCAACAACAGAUAAUCAAUCUAUGGAAAUUGAUGUAGUAGGUGAAAUUCAAGAAAUUGAUCCAGAUGAUGAUAUGGCGGGAUUAAUGAGAGAGAUGAGCGAUGCUGCACACAUGAAACCAGUAUUUAAUGAAAGUUUAAAUAGUGAAGCUAGCACAGAUACAGCAUUUAGUUUAUCAGCACAGAUGAGUGAUAGAGAUGAUCUUGUUUCUGUGUGAUAAACUCUUCUAUGAUUUAAAAUCACAGAAUGUUAAUAUUUGUUGUUACGUAAUUAUACUAACUAUAUUUAUAUAAAACUAUACAAUUCAACACCUACUUACAAAUUUUAUUCAA